AGAACCCGACGCUUCCGGCUCGCUGCUCCCGCACCCCGCCCUCCCUGGGCUGGGCUCUGGGCCCUGGACCCCGGGUCGCUGGAGCUUUGUCCCGGGCCACCAUGGGCUCGGAGAUGGAGCCUCUGCUCCGGGCCUGGAGCUAUUUUAGACGCAGGAAGUUCCAGCUCUGCGCCGAUCUAUGCACGCAGAUGCUGGAGAAGUCCCCUUAUGACCAGGCAGCUUGGAUUUUGAAAGCACGAGCACUGACUGAAAUGGUAUAUAUAGAUGAAAUUGAUGUGGAUCAGGAAGGGAUUGCAGAAAUGAUUCUGGAUGAAAAUGCUAUUGCCCAAGUCCCACGCCCGGGCACAUCUUUGAAGCUCCCUGGAACUAGCCAGACAGGAGGACCAAGUCAGGCUGUCAGGCCAAUCACUCAAGCUGGAAGACCCAUUACAGGUUUCCUGAGGCCCAGCACACAGAGUGGAAGGCCGGGUACAAUGGAGCAGGCCAUCAGAACACCCAGAACUGCCUACACAGCACGACCUAUCACUAGCUCAUCUGGAAGGUUCAUCAGACUAGGGACGGCUUCCAUGCUUACAAGUCCUGAUGGACCAUUUAUAAAUUUAUCUAGACUGAAUUUAACAAAAUAUUCCCAGAAACCUAAGUUGGCAAAGGCUUUAUUUGAAUAUAUUUUUCACCAUGAAAAUGAUGUUAAGAUGGCUUUGGAUUUGGCCUCCCUCUCCACGGAGCAUGCUCAGUACAAGGACUGGUGGUGGAAAGUGCAGAUUGGGAAAUGUUACUACAGGUUAGGAAUGUACCGGGAAGCAGAGAAGCAGUUUAAGUCAGCCCUGAAGCAGCAGGAAAUGGUAGACACGUUUCUCUAUCUGGCGAAAGUUUAUAUCAUAUUGGACCAACCCGUGACUGCUUUAAAUCUAUUCAAACAAGGCUUAGAUAAGUUUCCAGGAGAGGUGACCCUGCUUUGUGGCAUUGCCAGGAUCUAUGAGGAAAUGAACAAUAGUUCAUCUGCAGCCGAAUACUACAAAGAAGUCCUGAAACAAGACAAUACUCAUGUGGAAGCCAUCGCCUGCAUUGGAAGCAACCACUUCUAUUCUGACCAACCAGAGGUUGCCCUCCGGUUUUACAGACGCCUCUUGCAGAUGGGAGUGUAUAAUUGCCAGCUUUUCAACAACCUGGGGCUGUGUUGCUUCUAUGCCCAGCAGUAUGAUAUGACUCUGACCUCAUUCGAGCGUGCCCUUUCCCUGGCUGAGAAUGAAGAAGAGGCAGCUGAUGUCUGGUACAACCUGGGGCACAUUGCUGUGGGAAUAGGAGAUACAAACCUGGCCCACCAGUGCUUCAGGCUGGCCCUGGUCCACAACAACCACCAUGCGGAGGCCUACAACAACCUAGCCGUGCUGGAGAUGCGGAAGGGUCACAUUGAACAGGCAAGAGCACUCCUACAAACUGCAUCGUCUUUAGCACCCCAUAUGUAUGAGCCACAUUUUAAUUUUGCAACAGUCUCUGAUAAGAUUGGAGAUCUUCAGAGGAGCUAUGUUGCUGCUCAGAAGUCUGAAGCAGCAUUUCCAGAGCACGUGGACACACAGCAUUUAAUUAAGCAGUUAAAACAGCACUUUGCUAUGCUCUGAUCAGUCCUUGGACCAAGUAUGUCUACAGGAAGGGUCAGUGCACAGGACAAAAAAUGUACUAUGCAAUAGUGUGAUGCAGACCUACUGAGGUAGCAUAUAAGACUAUAAAUCAAGCCGGGCUAUGGUGGCGCACACCUUUAAUCCCAGCACUUGGGAGACAGAAGCAGGCGAUCUCUGAGUUCUAAGCCAGCCUGGUCUACAGAGUGAGUUCCAAGACAGCCAGAGAAACCUUGUCUUGAAACAAAGAAAAAGAGUGUAAACCAGAACCUACUAUAAGAACUUUGUUGUUUUAUAAGGUAAUAGUAUAAAAAUAAGAUUUAAGCAUUUCCUAGCUUUGUCUUUUCAAUUAAAAAAAAUUCACUGUUAAAUACAGACAUUUUCAAACA